AUGUCUGAUGAUGAGUUUAUAGAUACGGGGUUAUUUGCUGAACCCGAAGGAUUCACUCCACCACCACCACCACCACAUUUUGCUAAGUAUCAAAGAAAGAAUAAAACUGAUCCAGCAGAGCUCAAUUUGAGACUUGUUGGCAAGUCACCAUUAUGGGGCCAUUUACUUUGGAAUGCAGGUGUAUUUACAGCUGAUUAUCUUGAUAAACAUGCGGACGAGUUGGUGACUGGAAAAGAUGUUUUAGAGUUGGGUGCAGCAGCUGGGUUGCCAUCAUUGAUUUGCGGAAUUAACAAAUGUAAUAGAGUAGUCUGUACUGAUUACCCAGACCCUGAUUUGAUCUCAAAUAUCCAGCAUAACUUUGACCAUUGCCAGGGGCUUGACUUAUCGAAGACUGUGGUAAAAGGGUUUAUAUGGGGAGCUGAUGCUAAACCAUUAAUGGAUGACAGCGAGAAGGAAAUACAAAAUGAGGACAAAUUUGAUUUGGUUAUUUUGUCAGACUUGGUAUUCAACCACACCGAACACUUGAAAUUGUUGAAAACUUGUAGAGAUACAGUAAAGAAGAAUGGGAAGUGCUUAGUGGUAUUUUCUCCCCACAGACCAAAGUUAUUGGAAAAUGAUUUAGAAUUUUUCAGGACAUGUGAAGACUUCCAGUUCAAGGCCGAAAAAAUUGACUUAGUUACUUGGAAGCCUAUGUUUGAAGAAGAUGAUGAAUCCAUCGAUAUUAGAGCCAGGGUCUAUUCGUUCUUCUUGGUGCCACAAUGGUAA